AUGGAAUUAGUAAAAAUAUUUUUAUCAUUUUUAAGUAAAAUAAAAGUUAAAGUUGAAAAUGAGGAAACAAAGUUCAAUUUAGGAGAGAUGAAUAUUAUUUCACUACUAGUUCAAGGUAUAGUUGUAGAGAAAAAUCAAAAUUAUAUAAUGUUAGAUGAUGGAUCAGAUACAUUUUUAAUUGGAAUAAAUGAUUUAUUUCCAUUUAAAGUUGGUCAAUAUUUACAAAUGACAUUAGAACUUUUUCCAAAAUCAGAGAAUGAUGAAUCCUUUGAAAAUUCAAGAGAAAUUAAUAAUAAUCAAUUUGAUAUUGUAUAUAUAAAUGUAUUAGAUUUAUCUGAUAAACCAAAUAGAGAAUCACUAUGGACUUAUGAAGUAAUUCAUAUUUUUUAUAAAUAUUAUAAAAAGUUAAUUGAUCCAAAUGGAACUUUAUUUUUAAAUAAUAAUAAAAAUAAAACAAAUAAUCAUAAUCUAAAUAACCCUAAUAAUAAUAAUAAUAAUAAUAAUAAUAAUAAUAAUAAUAAUAUAAAGAAUAAUAAUAUUAAAGUUGAGGAACAACAACAAAAAGAAGAAGAAAAUGAUGAAAGUUUUACAAUUGUAGAAGAUUUUAAUGAAAAUAUAGAUUAUAACUUAAUUGAAGAGGAAUCAAUGUAUAUAGAAGAAGAACAAUUUGAUUAUAGUAUAUAUGAUAUUCAAGAUAUAUCCAGUAGAAUAGAAGAUGACCUAAACUAUGAAGAAAAUGAUGAUGAUGACAAUGAUGAUCAAUUAUCAUCUUUUUCAUCAAAUAAUAAAAAACAAAGGAACAAUGAAGAUAAUGAAGUCAAUACAAUAAAUAAUAAAAAAAAUGAUAGUGAAAAUAUAAAACCAUCAAAUCAACAAAAACAACAACAACAACAACAAACUGAACAAUUCUCUUUGGAAAAUAGUUUUGGUGAAGAUGAUUGGGAUGAAUAA